UGUUCCAGACCAACAUAAGGGGCUGGGAUGGUUGGAGCUGUCGGAGCUCACUGAGGACCCACAGCCAUCACAGAGAUCUGCCCGAGAUGAAGCUGUCCCUGCUGCUUGCCCUCCUGGGGGCCGUCUCUGCUCGCCAGCUCCAUGAGGGCGCCCCAGAGCAGGAGGUACCAGCCGAGCAGGGCGAGGAGGAGCCCGGGGAGCUGGAGCCACCGUGCCCCACAGAGAGCGAGAGCUUCAAGAUGACAGUGCCUGGCCAGGAGGGCCACACCUGUCGCUAUGUGUUUGUGAACAAUUGCAAGACAUUUUGGAAUGCCCAGAAAGUGUGUGCCCGCUGCUACCGCGGCCGCCUGGCCUCCAUCCACAACUGUGCGACCAACCACCGCCUGAGCUGCAUGGUGCGUGGCCGCACCAACCACGCCCAGGUGUGGAUCGGGGGCUACACCUCCCGCUGGUUCUUUCAUGUGUACCCCCGCUGGGUUGACCACAGUGCCUGGAACUACUCCAACUGGGCCAGAGGGAACCCCUGGUGGUUUUGGAAAUCGUGCACCAUGUGCCCUGUAGGUGGUCAAUGGAGAAGCGUCAGCUGCGGGACUCACCUGCCCUUUAUCUGCGAGUACUGAUGGGGCUGCUCCCCCCCCACAGGGUCCCACUGCCCCCACCAUUCUGCUGGCCUGG